GGCAGGUCCCAGGCCGGGAGGUUCGGGAGUCCCGGUGCCAGAGUUGGGGCCAUAGAGAAGCUCAUUAUGGAAACCUGAGAUCCGGAGCCGGAGUUGGGGACGCGCUACAGUCCGGAACAUGGGGCGCCGGGGGGCCCCGCAUACAGCCCGGAGUCCGCUUCUACUGGCCCUAUCGCUGCUUUCCUGCCUGGUACCGAGUCUGGGAGGCCCCAAUGUCUGUACGACCCGGAGUGCGACCUCAGCCUCGUGCCAGCAGUGCCUCGUUACCCACCCUCAGUGCGCCUGGUGCUCCCAGGAGGAGUUUGGUGGCUCCACGACUGUAACUUCCCGCUGUGACUUUGCGCACAAUCUCAUCAGCAGAGGCUGCAAGAAGGAAUUUAUCGAGGGCCCCGGCAGUACCGUCACUGUAAUUAAGAAUCUCCCCCUCAGUACAAAGGAGUCCAGCUCCUCACAAACAAACUUCAUCCAGGUUGCACCUCAGAAGAUCUCCCUGUCUCUGCGCCCAGGGGCCGCGGCUUCAUUUAAGGUGCAGGUGCGGCAGGUAGAGGAUUACCCGGUGGAUCUCUAUUACCUGAUGGAUUUAUCUCUUUCCAUGAAAGACGACCUGAAUACGAUCCGCAAUCUGGGAACCAUACUGGCCGCCGAGAUGAAGAAACUGACCAGUAACUUUCGCUUGGGCUUUGGAUCCUUUGUGGAUAAGAACAUAUCCCCCUUCUCCUACACUGCCCCCAAAUAUCAGAACAACCCCUGCACGGGAUACAAAUACUCUCCGGUUUGCGUCCCGUCGUUCGGGUUCCGGCACCUCCUCUCUCUCACCGACAAGACCAACAGCUUUAACGCUGAGGUGCAGAAGCAGCGAGUGUCGCGGAACCGGGACGCCCCAGAAGGGGCUUUUGACGCCAUCCUGCAGGCGGCGGUGUGUGGGUUUGUUCUUUCCCAGAACUUCACGGCGCUGAUUCCUGGCACCACAGCCGAGAUCCUGGACCAGGACUCCCAGAACAUCAUCCAGGUGAUCGUCAGUGCAUAUAAUAACAUUCGCUCCAAGGUGGAACUGACGGUGUCGGAGAGCCCCGAGGACCUGAGUCUGAGUUUCACCGCUACCUGUCAGGAUGGCUCCUCCCACCCGGGGGUCAAGAAGUGCGGAGACCUGAAAAUUGGCGACACGGUAUCAUUUGAGGUGUCGGUAGAGGCCCGGAGCUGCCCCCCCCCGGGCACGGAACAAACCUUCACCAUCAAACCGGUUGGGUUCCGCGACUCCCUGGAGGUGACCGUCACCUAUAACUGCAGUUGCAGCUGCGCCCAGCAGGGGGAGCCAGCGAGCAGCAAGUGCAGCGGCAAUGGGACCUACACCUGCGGGGUGUGUGAGUGUGAGGCGGGCUUCCUGGGGGGCCGCUGUCAGUGCGGGGAGGAGGAGCUUAGCAGCGACGUCACCCAGAACACCUGCCGGGAGGCCGAGGGCAAAACCGUGUGUAACGGGCGGGGGCGGUGCCUGUGCGGCCUGUGCGUCUGUUACCAGAGCGAAUUCGGCCUCAUUAGCGGCUCCUUCUGCCAAUGCGACGACUUCUCCUGCGCCAGGUACAAGGGCGCCCUGUGCUCAGGGCACGGCGAGUGUGACUGCGGGGAGUGCAAGUGCCACGCCGGGUACAUCGGUGACAACUGUAACUGCACCAUAGAGACCGCCACUUGCCUCUCUGAUGACGGGCAGAUGUGCAGCGGGAAGGGCAACUGCGUGUGCGGGAGGUGUCAGUGCAUUGAGCCGGGGGCUUUCGGAGAGACUUGCGAGAAGUGCCCCACCUGCCCCGACGCCUGCGGAACCAAAAGGGACUGCAUUGAAUGUCGCCUGUACCAAACUGGGCAACUCGCUGACAAUCAAACCUGCCAGAAGCUCUGCAAGGACGAGAUCGUCACAGUGGAAGAGCUGGACACUGACAAUCCGGAGGCGGCCGUGUGUAUUUACAAGACAGAGAGCGACUGCGUCAUGAGAUUCACUUACUCGGAGGAGAGCGGCAGAUCCGUCCUGAGGGUCCUGAAGGAACCGGAAUGUGCCAGUGCCCCCGAUACCCUGACCGUGCUGCUGGCCGUAGUGGGGAGCAUCCUGCUGAUUGGCCUCGUCCUAUUGGCCGUAUGGAAGCUGCUCGUUACCAUUGACCGGCGGGAAUUCUCCUUUCAGAGCGAGCGCACGAGGGCCAGAUAUGAGAUGGCAUCGAACCCGCUGUACCGGCCGGCGGUCUCUACGCACAACGUGGAUGAGAUGUACAGCAUGCUGAGCAAGUCCUACAACGGAACCACAUAGGGACUGGGCCCAGGGAGGUUCUGGCACAUAGAGAAGUUCUGAUCCAGUUGGGGGAGAUCAGGCAUUUGCACAAAUAUGGGCUCCGCGCUGGGCACCUCUGCCCUCCCCUGGCCCAAUAGCCAAUAGGCACCGGCCAACAUUCUGCUUAACCAGCUGAUACCGCUAAUGACUGGACCUGGCUGAUCCACAGAGCUUACACUCUCCAACUCCCUGCAACCCUUAUGGAGAGGAACGUGCCCGAGGGAGAGCCAAAUGGACCAUUGGUUUAAGCCCCGCUGUGGGCUCGGUACAGAACCAUUUGGAUCAGAUGUGGGAUUGGAGCAAACGGCACAAUUGAUUCUCAUUGGUCGCGGAAUUUUUAUAAACAUUUUCUAUAAAUUUUUGACAAACUUUGUCAAAAUUUCCUUUAGAUUUUAUACUAGAGAUUUUAACUAAUUCGGUAGCCACGCCCCUCCCCCAGCGCGAGCCCAUUACUGACCCCGAGGUUUAAACUCCUGGGGGGUAGAAUGAAGGGGAACUGCCCGGGACGCUCAUGUUUGGGGGGGGGGGGGGUUGUUUUAUAAGAAAAUAUUUGGACUUUUUGCAACUUUUGUAAUAACCUUAAAUUAAUAAAGAUCAGAAAUCCU